AGGGAACUCGAUUACGCUUUAAACUAAACUUCAAUUCAAAGUAACCAUGGUUAACAAGGCCCUUCUCAUUGCAUUUUUGCUAGCAUCAUUGAUCGUAGGUGGAGGCCGGAGCUUUGCACCGAGCAUCGACAUGCCGACCACAACCCCUGAGCCAACGUCCACCACGCCAGACCCUGAGACGCUGCCACACUUCCCUGACUCUACCGCCAACGCCUCCAUCACCGUGUCGUGGGUGAAGCGAGAGGACGACCAGCUUCAUCUCAUAACAUUUGGCACCAACACCUACGUCAACAGCAAGAGGUUUUCACUGUUCCACGACAACCCUGACUCGUGGGAGCUCGUCAUCUCACCCGUGCUGGAGGAGGACGCCGGUGUCUACGUGUGCCAAGUCUCCAUUCACCCGCCCAUGAAAAUUAGCAUACGGCUCUACGUAACAGUGCCGGUGGUGAGCAUCAUGGACGACCGUAACACGGCCAUCCACGAGAAGUUCUACGAGGUUGGGUCUCGCGUGGAGCUCCAGUGUCGCGGCCACGCGCUGCCGCCCGACGCGCUGCCCUUCUGGUCUAAGAUGGACGCGGGCAACCGCUUCACCGUCCUCGGCGAUGACGUCACCAGCACCAACACCAGCUGGUCAGAGAACGAAGGCAGUGAAGGCAGUCCCGUGGUGCUGCUAAAGAUCGCCGCCGCGUCCAAGAGCGACUCCGGCAACUACAGCUGCUCGGCCACAGACACCAAACCGGCGUACGUCCGAGUACACGUUGUGGAAGGAGAAGAUUCAGUGGCAAUGCAGCACUCGACGAACGAUUCGCUAUCGGCGCGCGUGUCGCCCGGCCUGUUGUCGGUGCUGGUGAUGUGGGCGCUGGUGGUGGUGCACUGCAGGGGCGGACUGCUGGGGUUUGAUUGCAUUUCCUGCUUAACUUCAAAGCUUCUAUUUAUGCUCGGAAUGAGUUCACGGAAUAAUUGGACUUUGGAUACGCUUUUUACUAAUGAAGUUAAUUUUUACUCUACGAACCACAAUGAAUUUGCUCAAGUAUGUGAUGAAAGUAUAAUUCAUUUAAGUUUGUCAAGCAUUUUCACGCGAAUGUUUUCGCGUCGUAUUACUCAGAGUAAAGAUGAAGCACGUCUACCAAAUAACUGGAAUAAAGAUGACAGUUCGCGUGCGCUACGCGAAUUUGAUGUCAAACUUCCUGUGUCUCGAGUGACGUACGACUUCAUACACUCAAAUACAUUUAAAUUUAAUUCUGGAAGUCAUUGCAAUCUUCAGGAUAUGAAGACGAGCUUCCCUGCCAACGACGCUGAUAUUAAUGUUGACUUUGAUGACGCGAAGAACUUGCGUCGUGUCCACAGCUUGCCUCUAUUCACGAGCCGCCCGUGUCAUCUCCUGAGAAAAUCACGCGUCCAAUUUUUACGCGCAGAUUGCAUCUGAGUUCGAAACUUGUCCGAGUUACUGUGUGGAGGAACACGAGAAAGACUGUCUAUUUAGUUACAAAAGUACGACGAAUAUUGUUGAUGUAGUUGAAAAAAAUAAUUCUAUUUGUGGUUUUGAUUUUGUACGAUUGUGAAUUUAAACUAAGGAUUCUCUUGAAAAUAUAUGUGUGAUUACUAAUUGUGUAUCGAUGGUGUAUUUAUCUCAAUCGUAAGUAUUAUUAAAGGAUAAAUGCUGAGCCAAAGCUUGCAUCCAUCGCAACAUCGGUUGGAGAAGAAAUUAGCGAUUAAGUCGUCUGUAGAUUUUAUAUAUUCGAUUCAGUUGUUCAUGGCAGGAAAUAUGCAAACGUAAGUUAACCUAUUUUGAAAUUUAAUUAAAAAUUUAUCAGGAAAAUUGUGAUAUUUAAUAUGAAAGUUUGCGGAUUAACUGAACAUCCAUUCCAUGAAAAUUAUUUUAAUACUUUCAAUUAAAGCUCGAGAGUUUUAUUCAUACUCCAUAGUAUGACGACAAAUCUAUUCUUGUCAAUAUAUCCACUCACUCGAGUGGAACGUACGAAAUGAAUUCGCUUGUUCUCAUUCAUUGUGCAUUUAUUAAUUGUUCAAAAGGCAUUUAUUGAAAUAUGGAGUGAGAUUAAUCUAAGAAUAUCACUGAACAGUUAAUUCUCAGGUUAAUAUGUACUCAGAAUGUAUAAAACCUGUGCAGGCAUCUUUGAAUUUGCUGAAUUAUGAUGGUUUGGUGACUUUUAUUGUCGCUAUCCUUCAAAUUUUGGCCUUUAACAGUGAAAUUGUGAUGUAUUCUUAUUAUGUUGCUCAAAUCGGGCGAUGUUAUUGCACUUUAUUAUUACAACACUCACGCACGCAAGCGACUUUAAAACUUAAUUAUACAAGCUUCGAUCGAGUCUCUUUAUAUUAUAAAAAUCAUAAAUAAUUUACCGCAUGCACAUCAUGCGGUAAAUUACUUUACUUUUACGCUUUACAAGAAAUAGUCGAAAAGGUUGCAAUUAAAAGGUUAAUGGGGGCACAGAAUGUCAUUAUUAUUGAAACUUUGGAACUUAUUACCAAGAUCCUUCGUUUUGUUGCUAAAUAAAUAGAACAAA